GUAGCCUCAUGCAUGGCGACCAACAGCAACCCCUCCCCCACAGAGCAAUAAAGUGUAUACAGUAAUUAAGUGAUAGCAUUAAAACCGAUUCCUGUGGCCAAGUGUAUAUAGCCCGAGUCUGUAAUGCAGCUGGCCUGGCAAUAGCGACGCACAAGUAUGGCACCAGCGCUCACAGCCGAGCCACUGAGUCCCAAGGAGAAGUUAACGAGCAACGCCUCGCCUGCCACUGGUACGCGACAGUCUGUACGAAAAUUAGACUCGCCCAGUGAUACUGCCAAGAAGCCAAUAUCCCUAACAGCCACGACGCGUGUGACUCGCUCUAAGGACGCGGCACAGCGUACUGGCUCACCAAUUGUGCAGGUCAACAACAACAAACGUAAACCUAACAAUCACAGCAGCAACAAUAACAGCAGCUGCAACAGCACCAAUAACGAAGCCAAAUCCGUGGAACAUCAAAUGGGCCUCAGCGCUGCAACCACACAUACAAACAGCGACGGCAGUGCAGCUGCCUCCUCCAGCUCCAGCAGCAGCAACAUCAACGACGCCGGUGAAACAUCAGCAUCAGCGACAGUCGAUAACUCGCCCGCUGAGCACAAUAACAACUGCAAGGACAACUCAACAGCAGAGCUGCUGGCGAAUCUGACCAGCGAACUCGAGGAGGCCAUCACAGCUGAGAUUUGCCUGCGAAAAACACUGCCCGAGGUGAGCCACAGUAAGGAACAGCCAGCCGAAACGGAAGUAGCUGCCGCCGCUGCCAUAGCACAUUCCGUUCAGUUGCUGGAGCCUGCGUUAAUGGCAGAAACCGAAUCCCAGUCACAGUCGACAAGUGCAGCAGCAGCAGCAGCGGUGGUAACAACAUCAACACCAGCAGCAGCAACAACAACAUUCACUGACGCUUUACAACGGUUGUCGUGGCCGGAAAUACCGCUGACCUCCAAUGCGGAUGGUGUGGCGGAAUUGGCUGCUGCUGCUGCUGCGAAAAUUCCAGAUUCUAUUGAAGAAUGCCUUAGUCAACUCGAUGGCAGCCACAGUGUUGUAUUGCCGCCCAAUGUGGAUAGAAGCGAAUCGACGACAGAAGCUGGCGUAGUGGUGCCGACAACGCCCACAAGGUUGCAACAGCAAUCACAACAGCAACAGCAGCAGCAGCAACAGCAACAGCAGCAGCAACAACAGCACCAACAGCAAGAGCAGCAACAACAGUUGAUGCUGCUACAGCAACAACAACAUCAGCAACAGCAACAGCAACAGUUACAGAUGCUGUUGCAACAACAACCGGAGAUACUCGCCUCACCACAGCAUUCGACAGCUGCGCGUCAGUCGGGCACGUUGCUAACGCCACAGAGCACGACUAGCUCGAUAAAUUUUCUUAAGGAUGGCGGUGCUGGCGCCGUGCUCGAGGAUCAGGAUAUUGAGGAAGUUUUAAAAGCACUCAAAACAUUGGACAGCGCGCACGUGAAUCCGGAAACAAUCUAUAAUUUCUUUGACGAGAUGUGUUUCCCAUGCAACGAAGAAGAUGCAUCGGCGACCGCCGCAACAGUUGCAGCAGCAGCAGUAGCUGGCCCAACUGCAUCAACAGCAGCAACAGUUGGGGCAUCAACUGUUGGAGACAGCCAUGAGAUGAUGGAGUCAAAGUUCAGUUGUAGUGCAACAAUCGCGGCGCGUCCCUGGCAGGAGUCCCAUGCCGAGCUAGAGCAGCAACACUGUAUGCUGUUCCGCAAGAUUGAAUUCCUACUGCGUCGCAUGCGCAAGUUCCAGGCACGCCAGAUGUGCCGGCAUGCCAGCGACGAGGUAGGCGGCAUACUCGAAUGGUCGGCGCGUAGCUCACAUAAAGCGGCGCCAGCGGCACCUGUGCGCAGUGCAAAACUAUCCGAACGAGAGGAUACCGUCUUGUCUAUUGUAUCUGGACGACCGAGUAGCAGCUUCUGGGAAGAGCAGACCAAGCAACCACUGCCUGCCAGCCAGAUGAGCAAUGUGCUGCGACACAUUGAGACGGCGGCGCGUAAACAGCAAAUCUGUCAUACAACUGGUGGUGGCUCCGCAUCGCUGGCGUCCUCUUCAUCAUGGUACAGCAGCGCAGCGCAGCCGGGAAAACGGGCGCGUAAAACACAACAACUGGAUGCCAGCAUUAACAACAGUACGAUACCCGGAGGAGUGGAUGGCCUUUCGACUACUCGCGCCGAUGAGAUUGUGCCGAACUUUGAUACCUAUGUUACCAGCGAAUUAACCCAUGUGUCGGGUUUGUUGCACACGGAAAUGCGUGAGGUACAGAAUGCAAUCGACUCGGAUGCCACAGAAUCGAGCUCUGGUGGCGAUUCUGCCGACGAGAUGGUCACCUACAACAAUUCCCAGCAGUUUUCAUUGCCAAUCACGCGACGUGCCGUGUGGCGCUAUUCGCGAGAUCGUGCAAUCAUUGCCCUGCGCUGGUCCUGGCUGUGCGCUCAACUGGCCGAUCUGGACAUAAAAAUUCGCCAGCACAACGAUGUGUACAGCGAUCUGUGUCGCACCAAGGGCGAUGUGCUUUUGGAAACGACGAAGGCGCCAAAAAACGGCUAUGCGGAGCAACCGCCGCCGCCAGCAUUACAAGAUCCCGAACAGACAUCCGGCGAUUGGCUAUGUAGUCGGGCGCGUCCUUUAGUGCUGUCCGAGUUUCGUAAACGUAAACUCUUCCAGACCACAAAUAUGCACACAAUAUCUAAAAAGGCUGCUAGGCCGAGCAAUAUAAAAUGUGGUUGUCAAUGGCCGCAGGUGCCGUGCACUUUAUGUACGGGCCGGCCGGAUCCGACGGCACCAAGAGAUUUGCCCGAAACACUGAUGCCACAAAAUCGCGUAGCGCUGCUCGAUCCCGGCUACCAUCCGGUGCUGAGCUUCUCCACUGAUGUUUGCCAGUCAGUGCAUUUGGAGGCGAUUAGCCGUCAGCCUGAUUGGCAAUAUCGUGUAAUGCGCAGCCAGGCCAAGGCGAUUGUAAAGGGCGUCUGGAAGGCUGAGCGCGAGGCGAUAGCCGCAAGUGGCGGUGGCGCUGGCGGUGGUGCUGGUAGUGCCGGACGAAGACCCGGUGAAACGACCAAGCGCCGCUAUGUGCGACGCAAAGAGCGUAACAACAAUAGUCAAAACAGAAGCAACAGCAGCAACAACAAUAAUAAUAAUAAUAAUAACAACAACAACAACAACAACAACAAUAACAAUAAAGAAACAACUUCACAAAAUAAUAAUAUCAACAGAGGGAGCAGUGGGCUUGGCCACGUGGGAUUGGAUAGUGGAAACGGUACUGGUACUGCUACUACUUCUUCUUCUUCUACGCCUACUACAACGCCACUUGUGGCCAACACGAGCAAAAAGCAGCGUCAGUUGGCCACGAUUCGAGUCGGAGCGUCGCCCGAUUCACAACAUCAACCACUAAAUAGCUUCGCAAUGAUCUCCGGCAACGGCUCUAAAAAGCCGCGCAAAUCCGGCUCCAAGACACAACAUCAAACACAUUCAGCACACAUUAACAACAGCACCAACAAUAGCAGAAGCAGAUGCAGCAGCAGCAGCCAACAGCCCAGCGCUGGGGAUAAUAGCAACAGUCGCUUUACUGGAGAUUCGCAAUGGGAACAACAACAGCAGCACAGUCGCCGUAAUUCUUCCGAAACGCACGGGCAACGUAGUGAACGCACCUCAGAAAGACGUAGUCGUCUUAUUUACGACAUUGAUAACAUCGUAAUACCAUACAGUAUGGCCGCACAGACGCGUGUCGAAAUACUGCCCUACAAGGAGAUACCAACACCAAAGUGGCGUAUUGUGGACAGCGAUACUGAGCAACAAUCCCCGAAUAAAUCUGACAAUGCUGAGAAACUUACCAAUGGCAGUGCGGAGGCAGAGCAGCAAAUGGAGAAGGUGCAGGAAAGGAAGACACCAAAAGCAGUGACAACAGCAACAGCAGCAUCAGCAGCAGUAAGCACAACAGAAACAGCAGCAGCAACAGGUACACCCACAACAACAACAACUGAAGCUCCAGCAACAGGUACACCCACAACAACAACAACUGAAGCUAUAGCAACAGGUACACCCACGACAACAACUGAAGCUCCAGCAACAGGUAUACCCACAACAACAACUGAAGCUCCAGCAAUAUCGACAUCAACAACACCACCCGCAACAACAAAAACAACGCCCAAGCUAAACAACAACACAGAAAAGAAAACACUAACCAAGCCCGCAACUAAACUAAAUGGCAUGAAACAAUCAAACAAGAAAAAGAAACGUUUGUCCGAAACUGUCAACCUCUCUAAGGAACAGCCACAAUCGGCGCUUAGCAAUGGAUUGUUAAAUGGGAAAGCCGAGCAGUUGGCAAUUGAGGCCAAGGAGCAGCAGCUUAAGGGGAAGCAAACACCUAUUAAUGGUAAAACCAAAAAGCACAAUAACAAAAUACCUGUAAAUAAUAAUGUAUAUAAAGCAAGCAUACCUGUUGCCACGCCUACACCUGCAGCUGCUGCUGUUAAUAGCAAAGAUGCCAUAGCGCCGAUUACAACCGACAAACCAACAGAUAUAGCUGUGGAACCACCGAAUAAGCGACCCAAGCUGCAGAUAGCACAAGUCACGGUAGAAAAGACCCAAGUGAAGCCCAAAGAGCCAGCAACAGAGGCUGCCGUCACUCCCGCUGUUGACAUUGUACAGGAUGACGAAGAGGAGGAGGAUACCUCGGAUGAGGCAUACAUAGCUCGACAUCAGCGUGCUCUCAUCGAGGAACGCCGACGUUUCGAGACGUUCUUAAAGUUCCCUUGGAGCACUCGGUCGCGUGCGAAUCGACGCGUGGACAGUCGCGCUGAAUCAAGCGGCGCUAAUACACCGGAUCCAGCAUCACCGGCUGCCUCUCAGCUAACUGGACCUGCCGCUGACAAUGAGAGCAUACCCUCACCGUUGGCACAGACCAUGUUGCAGCAUCCCCUCGAUGCAAUCACAGGUGAUGGCGAGACCACAAAGCGACGUCGCACCACAUCCAGCAAAUUAAAGGAUCACGAACGUCGCAGUACAACACCAGAUACGAGAGAGGAACCGCCGCCUUUUGAACCGUUACAGUUUCCUCUCUCUGAAGAGGUCUAUCAACGACUACUCGCCGAGAUGUAUGCUGAGCCCAAAGAGCCGCCCACAGCAACAACCUCUAUUGUGACAGCCGCCGGCCCAGCUAAGCGCAUCAAAAGCAAAUCGGUCUCUUCUAAUGGGGAAAGCACAACGACAAACUCUAGCAGUCGACGCAGCAGCAAAGCAAAAGCUACAAAUUCCAGUAAAUUGACGCGGCUAAAUGGUGGAAAAAAUGCCGCUAAACAAGCGGCGCCGAAACCAAAUCACAUCAAUGGGAGCCAGGAUGAUGGCUAUGACGAUGGCAUUGACUAUUUGCCAGAAGGGGAUGACGAUGAUGACGAGGAGGAGCUGAUGUUGCUGGAGGAGGAUGAUGACUAUCACUAUCUGGCGCCACCAGAGGAUGAUCAAGUGCCACACGCAGCAAACCAUGCAAAUGCCUAUAACGCCAGCAUCGAUGCUUAUCUAGGCGAGCGUGAGGGACUUGACGAUGAGGAGCUGGUCGAUGAUCCAUUCAUGGACGAUGAUCCCAAUGAUCCCGAAUGGAAGCGCAACAUAGGUGUACGUCAUGAACGCAUGCGCAAGCGUGUGUGAGCCGUAAAGUGUUGGAAGACCAACUGCGAGAGAUCGAGUAGCGAGUCGGCAGCGGCAAUUACGCGAGCAACGAGUAUCCAGCAGGAAGAGACGAGAUGCUGGCAACAAGUUGCAAGUAGCAACUGAAAGCUAGCGAAAUAGAAUUCAAAGCUAUUUAGACCGUGUGAAAUGUGAAUUUGAACUUUUAAAUUAAUUCGUCAAACUUUUAAUUGAAA